ACCUACCCUGCACCAAGGUGAUAGAAACGAAAAAACAUUACCCCAUGAAGAUUUGAGACUUUGUCGAAACUAUAAGGGCUUCAUCCUACGAACAAGAGAAUUCAAUGUGCCUCUUGACAGGACUUGUUGUGAACUUUGAAAGGUUCAUUAUACCUCAUUGAGGAUUUUUAAAAUUGGGUCUCGUUGUUUAUAUAUGGGAUCUGAUGACGGUGAAGAAUUUAAUGAAGUUAUACAAAGCUUCUUCCUACCUCUUGAGAGGGUUUCGGCCUUGUCUACUUCUUCACAUAUGGCAAUUGCUAGGCAAGACUUAUGAAGUUUAAAGAGAUUCACUUCAACCUUAAGGUCAUGAACUUGAAUGAAUGGAUGGAUGGAUGGUUGAAUGAAUGAUACACCCAACAUCUUGAGAGAGUUUUCUUGGAUGAUAAAGAUUUUCGUCUCACCUCUUAAAAGAAUUUAAUGCCUCCUGAGAUGACUUCGGAUGACUUGGCCAUAAUGUCCUUAGAAGCAAUAGCUUAGCAUGAAAGGCUUUGUCGAGGGAUAUAGGAUCUCAACCUACUUUUUGAGAGGGUUUAGACCAUUUGUAUAGCCUUUGGUUCAAGUAGACGACAAUAAAUCAUUUGAAAGAUUGUCGAGUUGUGAGGCCCAUCUUAUCUUGAAACCUAGGCAACUUCGUUAGAAAAUAAAGCUCUAGGGCUUCGUUCCUCGAAGAAGGCAAGAGAAGGCUGAUGAAACCUUCCUUUUAUUGCUUUAGAAAAUGGUGAAUUUCAUUAAUAAAAGGAAAAAAAAACAAAAAUGAGAUCAGAAGUUUCUGCUGAAUCUAUUGUCCCCAGCUGAAGUCUGCGAAGAUCAACGACAAAUGCAGCUGAACUAGAACAAGGUGAAAGGAAAGCAAGUGGGUUAAAGUCGGAGGCCAAAAGUGGAGCGCAGCUGAUGACUCGAAAGAACAUGUUGACAACAUUGAGGAGAAGUCCAUGUGGAAAUUAUGUUGAUGUUGUUCCUUGUAGGAAAACCCAAACUUUGAGGGCAAAACUUCUCCAACGGGGAGGGAAUGAUGCGAGAGCAGUGCGGCAUGAGCAGCAGCUGAUUGGAAGAGAUUCCCGGCCAGACCAGGUUAAUCCCCAACCGGGGAUUGCAAGGAGCCGGCCGAGGAAUACCAUAAGACGAGGACCUGACCAGGAGAGGUUAUUUACUAAUCGGGAAAUUAAGAAGAAGGUCGGGGAAAAGGAACGGAGGCCUGCCGGUCGUUGGGUUAAAAUCCCCGAUCAGGUAUUUGCAAGGUCCGACUAGAUAUUUGGACAUGGAUGACGGGAUUUUGCAUUUUAAGUAAUUUUUUAUUAUUUUUAAUUGUCCAUACCUAUAUAAAGGCCAAAACUUGGGUUUUGGGGUACUUUUUGGCAUAAUAUUUGAUUUUUAUCUUGGUUUUGAACUUUAGGCUUGAACUUUUCUCUGUGUCAAUCAAGUUUUCCCCUUGAUUGUGGUUGAGAUUCUACCUAUUAUAUUGAUAGAGCCUUCUACGGAUUUCGUGUUGAGAUUGCAUUUUCAAUUCCAUCCUGUCCCAAAACAUAAAAUGACCUAAAAAAAUCCCUUCUCCUUGUUCGUUCCAGAAGCUGUAUAUUUUGAUAAGUACGGUUACUGAUCUGUGGUCGUAUCACAAAAAAAAAUAUAGAUACCACAAUGGACGACAAGCGUGAAAUUGUGUUCCAAGCACCUCUAGGAGCACAAAAAAUAAAGCCCUAGGCCAACGAACUCGCACAGGCCACAAAACACACCAAAAACCUGCACGAAUGAACAAGGAACCACAUUUCAUUCUUGCAACUUAAAAAGUACAUAAGCAUCGUUGUAUAAUAAUGCCACUAAGACAAU